CGGAUGAAUGAAGUCCGGUAAAGUCCUCCACGUUGCCGCCAUGUGGAGGUCCGCCGGCCCAGCGGGACUUCGCGUCGCGCUCGCCUCCCUGCUGGUCUGCGGGUUACUCGCCGACGGACACGCGGCGGAGCCUCCGGCGACGCGCGGGCUUUUCACGGACUACUUCAGACAGCUGACCCGGGAGAGGAGAGCCGUGAGCGGGCCGGCGCGGAGCAGCGCCCCGCCCCGGGCUGUGGAGCUUCUCUCCCCGGGCGACCUGUUCGUUGCGGUGAAAAGCAGCAGCAAAUACCACCGCAGCAGGCUGGACCUCCUUCUGGACACUUGGAUCUCCAGAAAUAUGCAAAACACGUACGUCUUCACUGACGGGGAGGACGCGCUGCUGAGGAAGAGGAUGGGAGGUCACGUGAUCAACACCAACUGCUCCGCCGCUCACAGCCGCCAAGCGCUCUCCUGCAAAAUGGCGGCGGAGUACGACGCCUUCCUCCAGUCCGACCGGAAGUGGUUCUGCCACGUGGACGACGACAACUACCUGAAUGUUGGCGCCCUCUUGAGGCUGCUGUCUCAGCACAGCAGCACAGGAGACGUUUACAUCGGGCGGCCCAGCCUGGAGCGCCCCCUGGAGGCCUCCGAGGAGGUCGGCGGCGCCACGGAAACGACCAAGGUUUCCUUCUGGUUCGCCACCGGAGGCGCGGGUUUCUGUCUCAGCCGCGGCCUCGCCCUCAGCAUGCGACCCUGGGCCAGUGACGGCGCUUUCGUGGCGACGGCCGAGCGCAUCCGCCUCCCGGACGACUGUGCGGUGGGCUUCAUCGUGGGGGCGCUGCUGGGCGUCGGCCUCACCCGCUCGCCCUUGUUCCACUCCCACCUGGAGAGCCUGGCGCUGCUGUCACACCUGCACCAACAGGUGACUCUGAGCUACAGCGGCAAGAACACCGUGGACCUGAGAGGACCAUUUUCACGGCAGCAGGAUCCAACCAGGUUCCUGUGUGUGCAUUGUGCCUUGUACCCUGACACCCCCUGGUGCCGCCGCUGAGUAUUGCACCUCGUCUGCCCACGUCUUUGUCCCCAGGACACGGCGAAGGCUGCGGGCGUGAAGGAAACCUUUUUGGGACAUUUCAGCUUCAAAAAACUGGGAGCUUUGAAAAACACACAAUCCAUCCAUCCAUUUUCUACCGCUUGUCCCUUUUCAUUUUUGGCAAUUGUUUAACAAUCACUGGGAGAAUGAUGUCGCCAACUAGAGGCCUGGCAUGCACAUUACAGCCUUUUUUUUUAAUUCAUUUGGACAACUUUUUAAGGGGUUAAAAGUAGGGCUGAGAACGGUAUCGCGAUAAAAGUGUUUUGUAUCGGUCGAUAUCGAUAAUUAUUGAUGUUUUUUUUACAAACUAUUUAAAUUAGAGAUGUCCGAUAAUAUCGGACAAAAAAUGCUUUAAAAUGUAAUAUCGGAAAUUAUCGGUAUCGGUUUGAUUGAUAUUGGAAUCGAUAAUUAAGAGUUGGACAAUAUCGGAAUAUCAGAUAUCGGCAAAAAACCCAUUAUCGGACAUCUCUAAAAAUUAGGCAUAAUCAUGUGUUAAUUCCACGACUGUAUAUAUCGGUAUCGGUUGAUAUCGGAAUCAGUAAUUAAGAGUUGGCCAUUAUCGGGAUAUCAGAUAUCGGCAAAAACCCCAUUAUCGGACAUCUCUAAAAAUUAGGCAUAAUCAUGUGUUAAUUCCACGACUGUAUAUAUCGGUAUCGGUUGAUAUCGGAAUCAGUAAUUAAGAGUUGGACAAUAUCGGGAUAUCAGAUAUCGGCAAAAAACCCAUUAUCGGACAUCUCUAAAAAUUAGGCAUAAUAAUGUGUUAAUUCCACGACUGUAUAUAUCGGUAUCGGUUGAUAUCGGAAUCGGUAAUAAAGAGUUGGACAAUAUCGGGAUAUCAGAUAUCAACAAAAAAGCCAUUAUCGGGCAUCUCUAGUUAAAAGUAGGGCUGAAAACGGUAUCACGAUAAAAGUGUAUUGUAUCGGUCGAUAUCGAUAAUUAUUGAUUUUUUUUUUACAAACUUUAAAUUAGAGAUGUCCGAUAAUAUCGGACAAAAAAUGCUUUAAAAUGUAAUAUCGGAAAUUAUCGGUAUCGGUUUGAUUGAUAUUGGAAUCGAUAAUUAAGAGUUGGACAAUAUCGGAAUAUCAGAUAUCGGCAAAAAACCCAUUAUCGGACAUCUCUAAAAAUUAGGCAUAAUCAUGUGUUAAUUCCACGACUGUAUAUAUCGGUAUCGGUUGAUAUCGGAAUCAGUAAUUAAGAGUUGGACAAUAUCGGGAUAUCAGAUAUCGGCAAAAAACCCAUUAUCUGACAUCUCUAAAAAUUAGGCAUAAUAAUGUGUUAAUUCCACGACUGUAUAUAUCGGUAUCGGUUGAUAUCGGAAUCGGUAAUAAAGAGUUGGACAAUAUCGGGAUAUCAGAUAUCAACAAAAAAGCCAUUAUCGGGCAUCUCUAGUUAAAAGUAGGGCUGAAAACGGUAUCACGAUAAAAGUGUAUUGUAUCGGUCGAUAUCGAUAAUUAUUGAUAUUUUUUUUACAAACUAUUUAAAUUAGAGAUGUCCGAUAAUAUCGGACAAAAAAUACUUUAAAAUGUAAUAUCGGAAAUUAUCGGUAUCGGUUUCAAAAAGUAAAAUGUAUGACUUUUUAAAACGCCGCUGUGUACACGGACGUAGGGAGAAGUUCAGAGCGCCAAUAAACCUUAAAGGCACUGCCUUUGUGUGCUGGCCCAGUCACAUGAUAUCUACGGCUUUUACACACACACAAGUGAAUGCAAAGCACACUUGGUCAACGGCCAUACAGGUCACACUGAGGGUGACCGUAUAAACAACUUUAACACUGUUACAAAUAUGUGAACCCACACCAAACAAGAAUGACAAACACAUUUCGGGAGAACAUCCGCACCGUAACACAACAUAAACACAACAGGACAAAUACCCAGAACCCCUUGCAGCACUAACUCUUCCGGGACGCUACAAUAUACACCCCCCUAGUGCCAUGUUGGCAUUUUUUUCCAUAACUUGAGUUGAUUUAUUUUGGAAAACCUUGUUACAUUGCUUAAUGCAUCCAGCGGGGCAUCACAACAAAAUUAGGCAUAAUCAUGUGUUCAUUCCACGACUGUAUAUAUCGGUAUCGGUUGAUAUUGGAAUCGAUAAUUAAGAGUUGGACAAUAUCGGAAUAUCAGAUAUCGGCAAAAAACCCAUUAUCGGACAUCUCUAAAAAUGAGGCAUAAUCAUGUGUUAAUUCCACGACUGUAUAUAUCGGUAUCGGUUGAUAUCGGAAUCAGUAAUUAAGAGUUGGACAUUAUCGGGAUAUCAGAUAUCGGCAAAAAACCCAUUAUCGGACAUCUCUAAAAAUUAGGCAUAAUCAUGUGUUAAUUCCACGACUGUAUAUAUCGGUAUCGGUUGAUAUUGGAAUCGAUAAUUAAGAGUUGGACAAUAUCGGAAUAUCAGAUAUCGGCAAAAAACCCAUUAUCGGACAUCUCUAAAAAUUAGGCAUAAUCAUGUGUUAAUUCCACGACUGUAUAUAUCGGUAUCGGUUGAUAUCGGAAUCAGUAAUUAAGAGUUGGACAUUAUCGGGAUAUCAGAUAUCGGCAAAAAACCCAUUAUCGGACAUCUCUAAAAAUUAGGCAUAAUCAUGUGUUCAUUCCACGACUGUAUAUAUCGGUAUCGGUUGAUAUUGGAAUCGAUAAUUAAGAGUUGGACAAUAUCGGAAUAUCAGAUAUCGGCAAAAAACCCAUUAUCGGACAUCUCUAAAAAUUAGGCAUAAUAAUGUGUUAAUUCCACGACUGUAUAUAUCAGUAUCGGUUGAUAUCGGAAUCGGUAAUAAAGAGUUGGACAAUAUCGGGAUAUCAGAUAUCGGCAAAAAACCCAUUAUCGGACAUCUCUAAAAAUUAGGCAUAAUAAUGUGUUAAUUCCACGACUGUAUAUAUCGGUAUCGGUUGAUAUCGGAAUCUGUAAUAAAGAGUUGGACAAUAUCGGGAUAUCAGAUAUCAACAAAAAAGCCAUUAUCGGGCAUCUCUAGUUAAAAGUAGGGCUGAAAACGGUAUCACGAUAAAAGUGUAUUGUAUCGGUCGAUAUCGAUAAUUAUUGAUAUUUUUUUUACAAACUAUUUAAAUUAGAGAUGUCCGAUAAUAUCGGACAAAAAAUGCUUUAAAAUGUAAUAUCGGAAAUUAUCGGUAUCGGUUUGAUUGAUAUUGGAAUCGAUAAUUAAGAGUUGGACAAUAUCGGAAUAUCAGAUAUCGGCAAAAAACCCAUUAUCGGACAUCUCUAAAAAUUAGGCAUAAUCAUGUGUUAAUUCCACGACUGUAUAUAUCGGUAUCGGUUGAUAUCGGAAUCAGUAAUUAAGAGUUGGACAAUAUCGGGAUAUCAGAUAUCGGCAAAAAACCCAUUAUCGGACAUCUCUAAAAAUUAGGCAUAAUAAUGUGUUAAUUCCACGACUGUAUAUAUCGGUAUCGGUUGAUAUCGGAAUCGGUAAUAAAGAGUUGGACAAUAUCGGGAUAUCAGAUAUCAACAAAAAAGCCAUUAUCGGGCAUCUCUAGUUAAAAGUAGGGCUGAAAACGGUAUCACGAUAAAAGUGUAUUGUAUCGGUCGAUAUCGAUAAUUAUUGAUAUUUUUUUUACAAACUAUUUAAAUUAGAGAUUUAAGGCCACCCCCUAGUGCCAUGUUGGCAUUUUUUUUCCAUAACUUGAGUUGAUUUAUUUUGGAAAACCUUGUUACAUUGUUUAAUGCAUCCAGCGGGGCAUCACAACAAAAUUAGGCAUAAUCAUGUGUUAAUUCCACGACUGUAUAUAUCUGUAUGGGUUGAUAUCGGAAUCAAUAAUUAAUAGUUGGACAAUAUCGGAAUAUCGGCAAAAAAAGCCAUUAUCGGACAUCUCUAAUUUUUAUUUUUCCGACAUGGUGUAACCAUGAAAACUUCCAUUAUAAACGUCCAAACUACAAGAACAGGCAGUAGCAUUGUUAGCGUAAAUUAAAAAAAACUUUGGAUUGUCUCGAUAAUUCAAGACUGAGUAAGCUAGCGUGGUUUUUAACUUCAAAGAAAAACCUUUUUAAAACGUGUGCAUUGAAAGAGCAAGAAGCUAACAGCGCGGCUAAUGUCAAGCGUAAAAGAAGGUUUUACAAAGUAAUCGCACGAUUUUUGAAAAAUGUCUGAGCGGUUAGCUGAAGAAGCUAAUUGUGUUUUUUGACUGAAUAAAUACAUUUAGUUCCUUCAAAUGACCGCAGUAUAUUUGCGUUUUAAAGCGUAAUAUUAGAUAGCGGCGUGAACAUGUGACCAAUGGGGACAGCGCCAACUAGUGGCCUGGCAUGCACAUUACAGCUGUUUUUAAAAAAUCGUUAUAAAUAACUGUAAGCUUUGCGUACUCACAGACUCACGGAUAUACACUCUGGAAGCCAGUUGUGCAGGGUUCAACAAAGGUUUAAUUCAUGUUUUUUCCAAGGUUUCACUCGUAUGUUGUCCAGACUUUUCAGUCUCACCAGUCCUCACUGUUAAAGACAACAGGGGCCGUACUUACCAAGCUUCUUAGAGUGCCAUUUUACACUUAAGUCCUGAGAAUUUGCGAAAUUUAGUCCUACUCUCAAACUUAAGAAUAAAAGCUUUCUAUCAACGUUCUUAAGUCUAAGAAUCACUCCUACUCUCCACGAUAUUUAAGAGACCUUCAGAGGUGUCUUAAGUGGUUAGGAGUUGCCAGCAGGGGACGGCACUGAGGCGAGAGAGACGUGCGCGAACAUUCAGGGAGCGGAACGAUGUUCUGGAUUUGUUUGAUGACGAGCAGCUGAUCAAACGGUAUCGU